AUGACUGCACAAGUACGCUGUCAAUUUAAACAUAUAUCAUCGAAACAAGUCGGUGAACAACUUGCUGAAAAUAUAGAUACUUUUGUCAAAGCAAAAACAUUUGAUAGAAAUGGUAUAAAACGUUCUGGUGAAAGUGGAAAUGAUACAAUUUUUUUUUAUCUUACUCGUGAAGAAGCUAAUAGUCUUCGUGAUAGACUUGCUUUAGUAUUAUCAGAUGAAAAUUCAUUAGUUUGGUUUAAUAUUUGUUCAGAACCUCUUCAUAAUCUUAUUCCACGUUCAUUAGCAACUACUGAUGAUAAUUUUCAUCAAGGAUCAACAUUUCCUGUUAUUUGUAGAUUUGGUUCUCUUCGAUCAUAUAAUCAAUUUUAUUCACAUAUUUCAUUCAAUAAUAAAGAAGUUCAAAUAUCGAUCAGAUUUAUAAAACGAAAACCAAAUAAUUUAUGUAUUGAAUUUAAUGAUAUACAAAUAAUUAUUUCCUUACAUUCAAUUCAAAAAAAGAAUAUUUUAGUUAAUAAAGAAAAUGCUAAGUAUGGAGUUGAUAUUUUACUUCCACUUAAAUAUGCACCACAUAUUUAUCGAUUGGAAUCACCCAAGCCUGGAGAUAAAAAUCAAGACAAGAAACAAAUUCGAAUGUGUGGUGAUGAACAACGUAUCAAAUUUAUUCAAAAUCUUGCACAGUGUUCUGAUUUAGUUUUACAUUUUGAAGCAUCACCAAAUAUGCCAUGGUCAUUUCUUGAACAUCUUUUAAUUGAUCGACCUGAACGAUAUGAAAUUAAUUUUUCUACUUUUAAAAUAUGUGAUUGGUUAAAAGAAAAUAAAAAUCAAACACCAGAUCCAUUUGAUUAUAAAAAAGCAUCAUUUCAAGAUCGUUAUGCUUUACAAAUGCUUAUUUCACUUGGAUUUGUAUUUCGAGAUAAAUGGGCACAAUUAACUGAUCAAGAAUUAAAUUGGAAAAGAUGGAAUGUUAAUGAACGCUAUUCAUUAUGUUGUUAUGCAGUAGAACAAUUGUGUCAAGAUCAUGGUUAUGAUUUAACACGAACUGAAAGAGAUUAUAAUGAAGCAAAAAAAAAAUUUAUAACAAAUAAUGAUAUGAAUGAACAGUUAGUAUCAAUUGAGGAUAGAAAAAAAUUGAAAGUUGCUGCUUGUACAUUAACACCAUUGAGAUUUAUAUUUCAACCAUUUGAAAUUACAACUGGAAGUCGAGCUUUAAGAAAUCCGCAAUUUGGUGGUCCUGAAAAUUUUCUUCUUGUACAUUUACGUGAGGAAAAUAAUGAACAAUUACGCGUUUCUCAUAGAAAUAUUAAAGAAAGAUUAAAAAAUUCAAUGUUAGAUGGUAUUAAUUUACUUGGCAAAACAUUUGUAUAUAUGGGAGCAAGUACAGGUCAAAUGAAACAAAUGGCUUUUUGGUUCAUUAAUUUACCUACACGUUUUAAAGACAUUAAAGAAGCGCAUAAUGUUCUUGGAAAUAAUCUUAGUGAUAUAAAAAAUAUUGCUACUUAUAUUGCUCGUGUUGGUCAAUAUUUCUCUACAACAUGGCCUAUUGAUAUUCAAUUGACUCUAAUAACAAACAAGAGUGAUAUCCGUUCAAAUACUGGACGAAAUUAUGUUUUUCGAAUUGACGAUAUUAAAAGAAAUGAUUAUUGUUUUACUGAUGGUAUUGGUAAAAUUUCAUGGGGUUUAGCAGGACGUAUAGCUCAAAAAAUGAAUAUUUCAUUAUCCAGCAAGGAAGACAUUCCAUCGGCAUAUCAAGUGCGUGUAGCUGGUUGCAAAGGUAUGGUAGCUAUUGAUCCUGAGUCGACAUUAAAUGAUUAUUAUAUUCACAUACGUCCAUCGAUGGAAAAAUUUCUAAGUGAUGAUUGGAAUUUAGAAAUAUGUGAAUUUGCUCGACCAUUGACAUUAACAUUAAAUGAUCAAGUUAUUCGUCUUUUAAGUGAUUUACAAAAUCCAGAUAGUACAUUUAUUUCUCUUCAAAACGAAGGAUUUGAUCAUUGGGGAGUUCUUGAAGAAGAACAACCAAGUAUUCUUGAUAUUGCAUUACAAAAAAAACUUUCUUACUCAACAUCAAAAGACAAUUUACUCUCAAAUCGUAUACCUAUUCCCCCAAAAGAUGGUCGAAAUUUAUUUGGUGUAGCUGAUGAAACAGGAGAACUUAAGUAUGAUCAAUGUUUUAUACAAUAUACUUCAUUAGAUUCAAAAGAUGAUGGUCAACGAAAACUUCAUGUUGUUACUGGUACUGUACUUGUUACAAAAAAUCCAUGUUUAUGGCCAGGUGAUUUUCGUCGCUUAACUGCUGUUCGUAAUAGUAAAUUAGAAGAAUGUAUGCGUGAUGUGAUUGUAUUUCCUAUUGAUGGUAAACGUCCGCAUUCAAAUGAAAUAUCUGGUUCUGAUUUGGAUGGUGAUCAAUAUUGGGUUUAUUGGGGAAAUCGUUUAAAAAUUCAAGAACACGCAGAACCUUUAUCAUAUGAAGGAGCGAAAAAAUUAGAAGUACCAUUAAUUACUCAAAAAAUAAUUAUCGAACAUAUUGUUGAAACAUUUGGAGCUGGUGGAAUUUUAGGUAUGAUUGCAAAUACUCAUACUGUUGCAGCUGAUAAACAUGAACAACAUUCAUUCUCUAAUGAUUGUAAAAAAUUAGCUGAAUUAUUUGCAAUUGCUGUUGAUUCACCAAAAACUGGCAAGUUUAUUGAUAAGGAAGAAAUCAGACCAUUUCAAGCAAAAUAUUGUACAAAUUGGCCAAAUUUUAUGAAAAAAUUUGAUCAACCAACAUACGAAUCAUCGAGUAUAUUAGAAAGACUUUUUCUCAAUGCUGCAGCGAAAUAUUUUGAAGUUCGAGAUACACCAAUGAUCAAUAAAUGUCCACAAAGAAUGAAAGCAAUUAAAAGUCCAUCGAUGAUUGAGGUCGAAAAUGAAGAAUUUAAAAAAUGGCUUGAUGGAGGUAUUUAUGAAGCAAAGUCAACUUCAAAGAAAUGCCAAAGAAAAUUAUCUACUAAACCUGAAAAUAAUGAACAACCAAUUGUUCCGUCAUCAACACCACCAAAAAAAGAAAAAUUAUCUUCCAAACUUCCUACAGCAACAAAUGAAAAUUCUCCAUCAACCAAUAAAAAAUCUGUUAAUAAAUCAACUGAUAUAACAUCUACUCUGUCAGAAACAUCCAUAACAACAGAAACAACAACAAAUUCCAAAUUAAAAAAUUCUUUACAAAAUCCUCCUAUAUUAAUAAAUUCCAGUGCUUCAGCAUCUUCUAUCUCAUCAACAACUUCAUCAUUAUCAUCUUUGAUAUCAUCAAAUAGUGAUCCAUAUCAACCAGAUUUUCUUAUGGCUGUUCACACGAAAACUGCAACAACCAGUAAUAUCAUAUUCUCUCCAAUUCCUGGAUCUUUAUAUACAGUAGAUUUAAGUAAAGUAACAACAGACGAUUCAGAUAGAGAACAAAUUAUAAAAAAAUUAACAUCAUAUUUGGAAAAACAGAAUGUUUUUAAAAAAAAGUCAUCUGCUUAUAAUCCAACAACACAUGGAUCACUUUAUUUAAUAAUUUUCUAUGGUCAUAUACAUUUUAUUGAACAAAAAAUAUUUCCUCAAAAACUCGGUGAAUUACAAGAUCUUAUUAGACAAAAACAGGAUCAAUUAAUCCAUUUUAAUUAUACUGAUAUCGAUAACUUCAGCAAAACUAAAGCAUUAUUUUCAACGACAAGUAAAAGUACAAUGGAUUAUGAGUUUGAUUGUUAUGUACCCUCAUAUCCAUCAUACUAUAUUACACUAUUAUUUAAUUCAUCUAAAACUCUUCGAACAGUACGUAUCUAUCAUAUAUGGACAAAAUGUUAUGUACGUCAACCAAAUUUAAAUGCAGAUAAUUUAUAUGAAAUUCGUUCUGUAUUAACAUAUGAUUCGGAUUCACCGGAAUUUCUUGAAAUAAUUCAUUCAGUUUUCAAAUCUUCUCAAACAACUAAUUUAUUAAGUGGUCGAAAACCAAAUAUCGAGAUUAAUGUUAAUCUUCUUCAAUCAUCAGUUAAACCAAUUAGUCUCAAAAUGAUUGAGCAAGAUAUACGAACGAAUAUUAAUCAGAUGGAAGUUGAUGCAUUUUAUCGUGAAGUUAAAUAUGUAUCAAUAUGUGAACAACAAGAAAAAUCAAAAGUAUCUUCAUCUAUUGAAUAUCAUACAUCACCAAUUACUAAAGACGAAAGACUUUUCGAACAAAUCUGUGAUUUUGUCAUAUCUCCAAUUGAGAAAUUUUCAAUCGAUCGACCAUAUUCAACAUCAUCAAUUGCUAGCAGUCUUUUUAAUGUAUAG